ACCGCGCCUGCGCCCGGCCCGCGCGCGGCCCGCCGGGAGCGGCGGCCCCCCCGCCACAGCCAUGGCGGCGCCGCCCUCAGCGCUCUGCCUGUUCGACGUGGAUGGCACCCUGACGGCGCCGCGGCAGAAAAUCUCGGCGGAGAUGGCGGCGUUCGUGCAGCGGCUGCGGCAGAAGGUGAAGGUGGGAGUGGUGGGCGGCUCGGACUUCGCCAAGAUCCGCGAGCAGCUGGGCGAGGACGUGAUUGAAAAAUAUGACUACGUGUUCCCAGAAAAUGGGCUGGUGGCAUACAAAGAUGGGAAAUUCUUGAGCAAGCAGAGCAUUCAGGGCCACCUGGGUGAGGACAUCCUUCAAGAUGUCAUCAACUACUGCCUGAGUUACAUUGCAAAGAUUAAACUUCCAAAGAAGAGAGGCACUUUCAUUGAGUUCCGAAAUGGGAUGUUAAAUGUGUCCCCCAUUGGGAGAAGCUGCAGCCAGGAAGAACGACUUGAGUUCUAUGAACUUGAUAAAAAGCAACAUAUAAGAGAGAAAUUUGUAGCUGAUCUACAAAAAGAAUUUGCAGGCAAAGGCCUCACAUUUUCUAUAGGAGGGCAAAUAAGCAUUGAUGUGUUCCCAGAUGGCUGGGAUAAGAGGUACUGCUUAGGAAUUGUUGCCAAGGAUGGAUACAAGACUAUUUAUUUCUUUGGAGACAAGACCAUGCCAGGAGGGAAUGACUAUGAAAUUUUCACAGACUCCAGAACAGAGGGCCACAGUGUCACAUCCCCACAGGAUACAAGAAGAAUCUGUGAAGAGCUGUUUUUUAAAUAAAAGACUUGCAGAAUUCACACUUCCAAGACGGUUAGAACAGCAAAAGAACUUGAAACAUCUCCAUUCUGUAUUGGUUUUUUUUGUAAUUGGUCAUGAAUAGCAGGUGCUUUGCAGGUCAGUCAUUACUGAAGGGAAAUGUUUUAAUUGAAGAUCCCUUGCUGACUGGGGGAUCACAGCAGUGCUCAUUUAGCACCGUCCUUUCAGUUUCUAAGCACAUAAAUUAUUUUCUUUUUGCUUGGUUGUGGGGUUUGGGUUGGGUUAUAUUUUGGGUUUUUAAGAUACCUGUAAACUUCCUUCACUAAUUAAUUACAUUUUAGGGAGGGAAGGAGAGGCAUAAUCUGCCUCUUGUUGAUUCAUGGUCUCAAAAUUGGCCUGCAAGGCUUAAUCCUUAGGGAGUUUUUGAGGCUGUUUUUUAAAAGAUGCAGUUGGUUUUUUUAAAAUGCUUACCUUGUGCUACAUGAAUUAACAUGAAUUAUAAGACAGUUGGGAUUUCCUUGUCUAGAACUGGAAGAUGAGCAGAAGGGAAAGGUUUUAUUUCUUCCUGGGGCUGGGAGGAUGGCACUGAACCAGAAGUCCCUGACUGCCACCCCUGGGAAUGCUGGACCAGCUGGUGCCAAAGUUCCCUCCUUGGGAUGGAAGUGGUGCCAAGGCACAAGUCAGGUGAUGGUACCUACACUCCUUGCAGACCAAAUCUAAAAAAUCAUUUGUAAAAAUCAAUUAAAAUAAUUUCAGCACAUUAGCAAAAUAUAUUUCUGUCACUUUCUAAUCAUUUUCUGAGGUGCUGGUUAAGGCAUUCAGGGUAGGUGAGAUUUAUUGUACUACAAAAAUGACCUAAAUUAUGUUUCUAUUAAAAUUCAAGUCAAUGCCUGACACUCUGUGUAACUGUUAAUGUUACUUUUCUCAUCUGGCAUUAGGAAAGUAAUCAAGUAUGAACGGUUUGAUUUAGUAAAGGAGAAUAAAAUCUGAUUUUAUCAUGAAAAAAUACUGUUUCAAUUUGUCAUUUUGGUAAAUAAAAUACUUAAACAGAGCUGUUGCAUGCUGCCUGUCUGUAAAAGAAAUGAGUAAUUUGAGUUGUGCCAGUUCCAGGUGUAUGAGAUACUUGCACAGUAAAAAAAGCAGAGAAUAGAAUCUUUGUGUAGCACCUGAAAUCCCCAAAAGAGCUGACAAAAAAAAGGAAGGGGUGCUGCAAUGCACCUCAUGCACCAAAACUGUUUUGUCUUCUAGCAGCCUUCUUCCCUAGCUAAUUCCUGUUUUAAUGGGAGCUGACUUAGGCCCAGAACCAUCCCUGGUGUAGGAAUGCUGCUCAAGGAGGGACAUUUGAAGAGCUGCUGUGCUGUGUGUACUCCUGUACCUGAGGUUAUUUUACUGCAGGGCUGGUUGCUGUAUGGGCAGAAGGUUACCAGUGCAAAUUACCCAGUGCAGGACCAAAGCCAGGUUGUUUUCAGCCCCAAACACAACAUUUCUGCUGCUCUGUCCUGGGAGCCUCCUCUGACAUGUCCUGGCCUUACUAUUUCCUCAUUGUUCUGGUAACUGCAAUCACUGGAUGUGAAAACAUUUCCUUAAAUCAAACUUGUCACCACACAGGUCCCUGUGCAGGCUCCUGCAUUCUCCUUUACAGCUGAUCCUCUUCAGCACCAGGCACCCAGGGAGCAGACUGGAAACACACGAACGCACUGAAAUGGUUACAUUUAUUGUAAAGAAAGCAGGGGUGAUACUCCAACAAGCUGCACAGUGAUAAACCCACCACGACCAAGACUUGUGGGUCAUAAAAAACAAAACCAAACCCAAACCCCACUACAGCAUGGUGUAACACAGGUACAGCUAAGGGACAACAAGGCAGCACAGCAGUUCCUGAGCCCACAGCCCUGUGCUGUCACCACAUCACGCCUGGAACAGAGCAGCUGCUGUGAAAGGCUCAGGACAGGUCCUGACAGCGAGCACCUCUUGGUGAAGCUCCAAAUACACAACUGAAGCUGCACCGUUUUGUACAACAAGAGCUGUGCCUUUUUUUUAUCUUUUAUUUGCAAAGUCAAUAAAAAUCCACUGUUAGGAACGUAACAGAGAAAAAUGCUUCAUUUGAAAAUAAAGGAAGGCAAAUAGGAACAAAACCAACUUAGUAGCACUACAACUACAUGAAGAGUCUGGGGAAGGGUGGCCCUAUCACAUCCUACCAAGCGAGUUUGCCAGGGAAACAGACACAGAAUCUACUUCACCAAGACAGCUGAGCCUGCUGAGUAACUCAGAAUUCUACACACGGGCAGCUGGGCAGCACAGCCUGCUGUGCAGCAGUGCAGGUGUGCUGCCUGCCCAGUGGCACGCAGCCUAAAGGCAACUCUUCAGCCUUGUCAAAAUUCAGACACAAUCAGAGGCUAUGAAGUAUCCACUACUCUACAGUUGUCUACCACUUACCUUGAAGCAAAUUUAAAUUUGGGGUGGAUUUUUUUUUUUUUAAUAUUGGCCUAUAAAAUCAACCAUCAAGGCACCUAAGUAAAUUCACAAUCAACCUCAGCUUUACCAGUCCAUCACAGUUUCCACACCAGUGCAGCCACACCGUUUGCAGUGGUGCACCCGAUGGGCACUGGAGCACAACCACCUGGUGGAGAUUUUCCACCCUGUGGCAGCUGCUCUGUUUGUGAACUUCCUUCCAUGAGGAAAACAGAUCAGCAAAGAACACCUCUGUCUGUCAAGCCUAGGCAUUCAGGCACUGUUAUCAGCAAUAAAGGUACUGCGGCCCCAGAAGAGCAGCCCAAGGGAGCACAGGGCUCACACAACACCCAGGGCUGAGUUGUGCUUGACCAUCUGCACCAGAAGAGCUCUCCUGGAAACCUCUCCCCCUUCCCCUGGGCAUUUCCUGGAAUCAGUUCACAAGACAAAAGAAAACCCAAACCUCCCCUCCUCCACCAAGCACACAAACUAGGUCUCUUUAAACACAUUUCUUGUAAACACAUUAGGCUAGAUUUUUUUUCAUUAGCAUUUGAAUUGCCUUUUUUUUUUUUUUUUAAAUCAGGCCAGCUGUAAAAAAUGGUAAUUUUGGCCUGCUUCUUCUUUAUUGACAAUGCAGUAUUUC